GGUACAAAAUCAAUCAAAACCUUCUCAAAAAACACAAAAAUAAAUAAUUUUGCCCACUAGAUCCAUUCAAGCAAGCUUGAGACAAAGCUUCCCAUCCAUGGAAGAACUCUACUUCACCGUAACCAGUCUCACUUUCCUCCUCCUUUCUCUCUUCAUUCUCAUCAAAAUCAAUCACAAGAACAAGAAAAACCCUAACCCUAAUCCACCAAGCCCUCCUGGUCUCCCUUUCCUUGGCCACCUUCAUCUUCUCAAACCACCCAUCCAUCAAGCUCUAGCCCAUCUCUCCGACCUCCAUGGCCCCAUACUUCUCCUCCGCUUUGGCUCCCGCCGUGUCCUCCUCGUCUCUUCCUACUCCGCCGCCGACGAGUGCUUCACAGUCAACGACAUAACCUUCGCCAACCGCCCGCACCUCCUCGCCGGAAAAUACCUCGGUUAUGACUUCACAAGCCUUGGCUGGGCCCCCUACGGUCCUCACUGGCGCAACCUCCGCCGCAUGUACACCGUUGAACUCCUCUCCACCAAUCGUCUCCUCUCCUCCUCCAAUGUCCGCUCCGACGAGGCUUGCUCCCUCGUCAAAGCCCUCCUUCGUGAGUACUCCGGCCCCAGCUUCCAACGCACCGAGCUCAGACCCAAGUUCUUCGGCUUCGCUUACAACGCCGUCAUGAGGAUGAUAGCCAACAAGAGAUACUAUGCUUAUGCUGAUGAGAGCUCGUCGGAGGGUGGGAACGAGUUUAGGGACAUGGUCAAGCAAGGGUCCUCUAUCGCCGGAGCGUCCAACGCCGCCGACUUCAUUCCCUUAGCGCGGUGGUUUCGUGUCGGAGGUCAUGAGAAGAAGCUGCAGGGUUUGAAGAAGAGAAGGGACAAGUUCUUUCAGGGGCUCAUCGACGAGCACCGGACAAAGAAGAAGAUGAACGGAUCCCAAGACGGAGAGAGCUCGUCGGUGGCUAGAUCUACGUUCCUCGACUUGCUGCUCUCCAUGCAAGAUGAUGAUCCCGAGAACGUUCCUGACGUUUUCAUCAAGCAUUCAAUCGCUCAAUUGUUGGUGGCUGGAACAGAUACGUCAUCAGUGACAAUGGAAUGGGCCAUGUCACUUCUUCUCAACAACCCUGAUAGCUUAAAAAAAUUAAGAGCUGAACUUCAUGCAAAUAUAGAGCAAAGUUCCAUUCUCCAGGAAGCUGACCUUUAUAAACUCCCAUAUUUGCAAGCAGUUAUUCUUGAGACACUGAGAAUACAUCCUUCAGUGCCAUUGCUAGUGCCCCAUGAGUCAUCAAAAGACUGUACUGUGGGUGGCUUCCAUGUUCCCAAAGGCACAAUGCUGCUAGUUAAUGCUUGGAAAUUACAUAGAGACCCUGAGACAUGGGAGGAGCCAAACAAGUUCAAACCUGAGAGGUUUCUCAACAAUGACGGGAAAGAGAAAAUGAAAAUAAUGGCAUUUGGGAUUGGGAGAAGACGGUGUCCUGGUGAAGUCUUGGCGCUGAGGGUGGUGGCAGUGGUGGUUGGGAUUCUAGUUCAGUGUUUUGAGUGGGAGCGAGUUGAUGACGAGGAGAUAGACAUGAAUGAAGGUGUGGGGCUGACAAUGCCUAAAGCUAAGGCUUUGGUGGCCAUGUAUAAACCAAGGGAGGGAAUGGCUGACCUUAUCUGUUAGCUUUGAGACUUUUGCAACGCUUGAUGGUGAUUAUCUAUAUAUAUAUAUAUAUAUAUAGUGUGUAAUAUGUCAUGUGUGUAUUCUUGUGAAUAUUGAUAAUAAAAGAGAUAUAUCGUAUCCAUCAC